AUGUUUAAAAUAUAUAAGUAUAAUCUAUCUAUCUAUCUAUCUAUCUAUCCUUACGGUCGAUCUAUCUUCAUUUUCUCCUCUGGAUCUAUCUAUCUAGCUUCGUUAUAUCUUCUGGAUUAUCUCUCUUCGUUAUCUCUUCCGGAUCUAUCUAUCUAUCUAUCUAUCUAUCUUCAUUAUCUUUUCUGGAUCCAUCUAUCUUCAUUAUUUUUCUGGAUCUAUCUAUCUAUCUAUCUAUCUUCAUUAUCUUUUCUGGAUCUAUCUGUCUAUCUAUCUAUCUAUCUUCAUUAUCUUUUCUGGAUCCAUCUAUCUUCAUUAUUUUUCUGGAUCUAUCUAUCUAUCUAUCUUCAUUAUCUUUUCUGGAUCCAUCUAUCUUCAUUAUUUUUCUGGAUCUAUCUAUCUAUCUAUCUAUCUAUCUAUCUAUCUUCAUUAUCUUUUCUGGAUCCAUAUAUCUUCAUUAUUUUUCUGGAUCUAUCUAUCUAUCUAUCUAUCUAUCUAUCUAUCUUCAUUAUCUUUUCUGGAUCCAUCUAUCUUCAUUAUUUUCUGGAUCUAUCUAUCUAUCUAUCUAUCUAUCUAUCUUCAUUAUCUUUUCUGGAUCCAUCUAUCUUCAUUAUUUUCUGGAUCUAUCCCAUCUAUUCAUCUAUCUAUCUUCAUUAUCUUUUCUGGAUCCAUCUAUCUUCAUUAUUUUCUGGAUCUAUCUAUUCAUCAUCUAUUAUCUUCAUUAUCUUUUCUAGAUCCAUCUAUCUUCAUUAUUUUCUGGAUCUAUCUAUCUAUCUAUCUAUCUAUCUAUCUAUCUAUCUAUCGUCAUUAUCUUUUCUGGAUCCAUAUAUCUUCAUUAUUUUUCUGGAUCUAUAUAUCUAUCUAACUUCAUUAUCUUUUCUGGAUCCAUUUAUCUUCAUUAUUUUUCUGGAAUCUAUCUAUCUAUCUAUCUAUCUUAUAACUUCUGGAUUAACUAUCUUAUUUAUCUCUUUUGGAUCUAUCUAUCUAUCUAUCUAUCUUCAUUAUAUCUUCUGGAUUAUCUCUCUUCGUUAUCUCUCCUGGAUUCAUCUAUUUUCGUUACCUUUUCUGGAUCCAUCUAUCUUCCUUAUUUUUCGGGAUCUAUCUCUUCAUUAUUUCGUCUGGAUCUAUCUAUCUAUCUAUCUAUCUAUCUAUCUAUCUAUCUAUCUAUCUAUCUAUCUAUCUAUCUAUCUAUCUAAAACGCUGAAGAAGAGAGAGAGAGACAUGCUCUACAUUCAGUAA